CAUAUAUUGACCACUUGGAUUAGCAGAGUGGGAAGGGAAGCCCGGUCUCAGGUAAACGCUUAAGCCGGCAGUUCUGCCGAUUUUAAUAGGUCUCAGGGACGGUUCCCUGGUGGGUUGGCGACUUGGCGGCUCCGACACUCUCCCCACAAAGAUGGCCGAGACGACGACGGGAGUCGCAAAAGAAGAAUUCGUGUACAGGGUGAGCACGGCCGAGGAAUGGGAGGAGCUCCAGAAGACCGGCUCGACGCUUGGCGGAGAUCUCGACCGCAGGACUGGUUGCAUUCACCUCAGCGACCUUCGCCAGGUAAAGAUGGUUCUGAACAACUUUUAUCAAGGAAGGAAGGAUCUUUACUUGCUCCAAGUCGAUGCGGCGAAG